GUUCUUUAUGUGAACAUAUUUCACUGAUAUGAUGAAAUUGCAGCGCUUAUGUGGCUUUUGCUUUACUUUAAAGUCAUGUAUCCAAUACACCUUUAUUUCAGCUUUUGGUUAAAAGUUUCUUCCGAUAUAAUUUUCUUUACGCUGUUCAGACUCUAAGGGACGCUGUUGGCCAGGAAAACAUUUUGCAACUGAGGAAGAGGAGAGAAAGGAGACAGAGAAAAGCCUCCUCAUACUGAAUAAGCUUAUACGGAGCGAUACGUUAGACAAGAAGUGAUCGUUUUUGUCCGACCUAGAUGCAGAGGAUUUUGAUUUUUGUUCAGCUUGCUCAUACCUGACUAACUUAAGUGGAUCUAAAUUCGGUAUUGUCAUAUUUCCUGAUGGAGACCCACCAGCAUCGAUGUGGAAAAUGGCUUCUGCGGCUCAUGACGCCUCUGUGGCAACUGUUCCUUGUUCUCUUGAUGGCUUUCUCCGUUGACGGCCAAAUCCGUUAUUCGAUUCCAGAGGAAAUGAAGAAAGGUUCCCUUAUCGGUAAUGUUGCACAAGACCUUGGUUUGGAUUUGAGUAGGCUGCGUUCUGGCCGUGCCCGUAUCGUGAGCGGAGAGAGCAAUCAGUACACCGAGCUGAAGGCGGACAAAGGGAUUUUAGUCGUGAAUGAGAAAAUCGACAGAGAGCAGCUCUGUGGAGAGGUAACGCCGUGCAGUUUCAGCUUUGAAGUUAUUUUGGAAAAUCCAAUUGAACUGCAUAGAGUCACUGUGGAAAUACUAGACGUGAAUGAUCAUGCGCCGACCUUCAAAAAUAAAGCGAUCAAUUUAGAAAUUAGCGAAUCUGCGACGAUAGGAUCCCACUUUGACUUAGAAAGCGCCUAUGACCCUGAUGCGGGUAUUUAUAGCUUGCAAAAUUACGUCCUUUCACCGAAUGAUCAUUUUGCUUUGAAGCAGCAUUCUAACGCAGAUGGAGUCAAAUUUCCUGUCAUGAUUUUACAGAAGUCAUUAGACCGAGAGCUGAACGCACACGUCUCUUUAAAGCUGAUAGCUGUAGAUGGAGGAACUCCGCAGCGCUCCGGAACAGUAAAUAUUGAGAUCAAUGUUCUAGAUGUUAACGACAAUCCUCCUAAAUUUAGUCAGUUAGUGUACAAAGCUGUUGUGGUGGAAAACGCCCCCAUAGGCACAUACAUAACAACGGUAAAUGCCUCAGAUGCAGACAGCGGUUCUGAUGGCUUAGUUACAUAUUCGUUUUCCAAUGUAAAAAGAAAUUUUGCUUUUAAAAUUGACAGCUUGUCUGGCAGAAUAACUGUGGUUGAUAGUAUUGAUUAUGAGAAAGACAAGAAAUAUGAAUUAAGAGUAAUCGCAAAAGACCAGGGAAGUCUCACUGACGCGACAAAAGUUACAAUCGACGUUUUGGACGCUAAUGAUAAUUCACCAGUAAUUAGCAUAAUGUCCUUCUCAAACACAGUUUCAGAGGACGCACCUCCAGGUACGACUGUGGGUGUUUUUAAUGUAAAAGAUGCUGAUUCUGACAGAAACGGGCAAAUAAAAUGCUCUAUUGAAUCCAACUUUCCAUUUAAGAUACAGUCCUCCCUCACGGAUUAUUAUAAUUUACUAUUAGAUGCGUCACUUGAUCGAGAAACGACUCCUGAAUAUAAUAUAACAAUUACCGCAAUGGAUCAUGGAUCUCCAUCGCUUUCUUCGUCUGCAGUUUUGUAUUUGAAAGUCUCUGAUGUAAACGACAAUCCGCCCAUUUUUGAAAAUCCUAAUUAUUCGGCAGUAAUAAUUGAAAAUAACAACCCGGGGGUUUCAGUGUUCAGUAUGAGUGCAAGAGAUUCAGAUUGGAAUCAAAACGCAAAAAUAUCAUACUUUCUGGAGGACACUGUGGUUAGUGGUAGUCCAGUUUCUUCUUAUGUGUCAAUAAAUUCCGAAAGCGGAGUAAUACAAGCAGUACGCUCAUUUGAUUAUGAACAAAUAAAACAGCUUGUGUUUACAGUAAGAGCGCAGGAUGGAGGCUCUCCUCCACUCAGCAGCAACGUCACUGUGAAAAUCCUGAUCCAGGACCAGAAUGAUAAUCCACCUCAGGUUUUGUACCCAGUCCAGACUGGUGGCUCCAUGGUGGCUGAAAUGGUUCCUCGUUCAGCAGAUGUGGGCUACCUGGUGACUAAAGUGGUGGCUGUGGAUGUGGACUCUGGACAGAAUGCCUGGCUCUCCUAUAAACUACAGAAAGCCACAGACAGAGCGCUGUUUGAAGUGGGCUUACAGAAUGGAGAAAUAAGAACUAUCCGUCAGGUGACUGAUAAAGAUGCUGUGAAACAAAGACUGACUGUCAUAGUGGAGGACAACGGGCAGCCCUCUCGUUCAGCUACAGUCAUUGUUAACGUGGCGGUGGCGGACAGCUUCCCUGAAGUGUUGUCGGAGUUCAGUGAAUUUCCACACGAUAAGGAAUACAAUGACAACCUGACUUUUUACUUAGUGUUGGCUCUGGCUGUGGUUUCCUUCCUCUUCAUCACGUGUUUAGUGGUUAUUAUAUCAGUGAAGAUCUACAGAUGGAGACAGUCUCGCAUCCUGUAUCACUCCAGCCUCCCUGUGAUUCCAUAUUAUCCACCUCGUUACUCAGACACUUUGGGAACAGGAACUCUGCCACAUGUGUACAAUUACGAGGUGUGCAGGACGACUGACUCCAGAAGGAGUGACAUUAAGUACGACCGAGGUGGAAGUCAGAACGUGUUGAUAAUGGAUCCCAGUUCUACUGGAACGAUUACAGCGGAUACAAAGUGAGAAGAACAUCCUGGAUGAACCCGACUCUCCUGUGGAGCAAAAGCCCCCCAACAAUGACUGGCGCUUCACACAAGGACAGAGGCCUGGACCUAGUGGGGCAACUGGAGGACCUGAGGUAGCC